AUGUCCAAGCGUGGUGCGGGUGCAUCUGGCAACAAGUUCCGUCUGACCCUCGGUCUCCCGACGGGCGCGGUCCUCAACUGCGCCGACAAUAGCGGCGCGAAGUCGCUCUUCUUGAUUGAGGCGUACGGGACGGGCUCGCACCUUAACCGUCUCCCGGAUGCAGGUGUGGGCGACAUGGUUGUUGCGUCGGUGAAGAAGGGAAAGCCCGACUCAGGAAGAAGAGUACGUCUUACUUCUGGAACGCUGAACUGGGAUAAUGGGUUCUUGUCCUUAGCGAUGCCCAUUGUGUUAUCCGGCAGCGCAAGUCGUGGCGCGGCGAGAGGGUCUCGUCUCUACUUCGAGGACAACGCUGGUGUGAUUGUCAAUCCCAAGGGUGAGAUGAAGGGUCGGCCAUCACUGGCCCUGUAG